AUGAUGAACAUGGGUGGACCCUCUACAAUACCAGAAGUACACGACUUUCUCUCUCGUCUUUUCCACGACUCUGAUCUCAUCCCUUUACCCUUCCAACGUCUUUUAGCCCCUCUCAUAGCUAGACGCCGUACAUCAAAGAUCGAAGCUCAAUAUCAAGCCAUCGGGGGUGGAUCACCCAUAUUGAAAUGGACUGGUCAACAAGGAAGAGAAAUGUGCGCAUUGUUAGAUGAACUUUAUCCAGAAACAGCACCACAUAAACAUUAUGUGGCUUUUCGUUAUGCGAAACAUUUGACGGAUGAUGCAUUGGAAGAAAUGCAGAAGGACGGAGUGAAGAGGGCUGUAGCUUUCAGUCAAUAUCCUCAAUAUAGCUGUAGUACUACCGGUAGUAGUUUGAAUGAGUUGUACAGACUUACACAGAAGAAAGGUGGGUGGGGUGGGAAAGGAGAAGUCGAAUGGAGCGUUUUAGACAGAUGGCCAACUCAUCAAGGUUUAAUAGAUGCAUUUGCUAUGAAUAUCAAAAGAGCUUUGGACAAAUUUUCAGAGGAUAAGCGGAAAGAUGUGGUAUUACUUUUCUCAGCACAUUCGUUACCACUCGAAAUCGUCAACCGAGGUGAUCCUUAUGUCGCAGAAGUGGGAGCGACAGUAUAUGCGGUUAUGACAAAACUUGGUUUUACCAACCCUUGGCGAUUGACAUGGCAAUCGAAAGUUGGACCUAAAGCCUGGCAAGGACCACAAACAUCAGCUGCUAUAAAAGGUUUUGCAAGAACAGGGAAGAAAGAUAUAUGUUUAGUACCUAUAGCAUUCACGAGUGAUCAUAUUGAGACAUUGUACGAAUUAGACAUUGAAUUGAAGGAAGAAGCGGAAGAGCUUGGAGUUCAUCUUACUCGUGCGGAAAGUCUGAACGGUUCACCCAUCUUCACCAGAGCUCUUGCCGAUCUCGUCGGCUGCCAUAUACAAAACUAUCAAAAUGGUUCGAUAGGUCCUAUCUCUCCUCAGUUGGCCAUGCGAUGUCCGGGCUGUGUCAAUUCUCGAUGCGGACCUACGAAAGCUUGGUUGGCCAGUGGUGGUCGAGUGAGCGGAUAA